UUUUUAAGAGGAUAUUUUAUGGCAGCCGAGCGCUGCCCUGGGGUUGAAAAGCUGGAAGUUGUCCCAUUCAUUCACAGCAGUUGUUUGCAUUAGUCCAGACGGGGCAGGGCUGAGCCUCGAGCCAAAACACACUGAGGCUGUCCAGGUUGUUCACACUGGAGCAGGUCCUCUGGAAGUGAAGACAGAAGAAGGUCUCGUGUUUAUUAUGGACAGUGUUGUUGAUAUCUCCAAAACUGAGUUUAUAAGUAUUUGUGUUCAAGAUCCAAGGCUUCAUAAAAGUGACCUCUGGCACACGUAUGUGGACUAUGAGAUCUGUAUACGUACUAACAGCAUGUGUUUUCGGAAGAAGACUUCCUAUGUGAGGCGGCGUUACAGUGACUUUGUCUGGCUGCGUCAGUGUCUGGCACAAAAUGCUCUGAUCAUAGAUUUGCCGAAGUUGCCACCCUGGAACCCUUUCUUCAGUCUGAAAAACUCUCAUCAAGUUACUCAGAGGAUGAAAGGCCUGCAGGAGUUUUUAGAAAUUGUUCUUCACACACCCUUGUUGUUAUCUGACAGUCGGCUCCAUCUGUUCCUCCAGUCAGACCUCAGCUUAAAAAAGAUUGCAAAGUGUGCUCUGGGUCAGACCCGGUACACGGUGGCUGAAGCAAUCCAGCGGUCCAGCAGCGGUUGCCUCAGUCCAUUAGAUAAGGCCUCUUGUGACUCUGACUGUGAAAGUUCUUCAUCAUCAGGAUUGGGACUAAGUAUUGACACUCCUUUCCGCCGCAGCAGCCGGCCCUCCUUCCAGUCCUCGGACAGAGACCUGGAGCUGUGCAGCUGUCUCUCGGAAUCCUCCAGCCAAGCCGCCGAGCCUUAAUGUCUGCAAGACUGACUGCACCGAUCCCUUUUUUCCACAUAGACCGUCAUGUUAAUGAACUCCCGAUAUUCUAACCUUUCAAAG